AUGUCUAGUCAAAUACCAAACUAUAGCAUGUCUGACUAUGCUAAAUUCGCUUUAGCUGGUGCCAUCGGUUGUGGUGCUACUCACUCUUCUAUGGUCCCAAUCGAUGUUGUUAAGACCAGAAUUCAGUUGGAACCUUUAAAGUAUAACACUGGUAUGGUUGGUUCUUUCAGAAAAAUUAUAGCAGAAGAAGGUGCUGGUGCUUUAUUAACUGGUUUCGGUCCAACUUUAUUGGGUUACUCUUUACAAGGUGCUUUUAAAUUCGGUGGUUAUGAAAUUUUCAAGAAGGCCUUUGUUGAUAUACUAGGUUACGACAAUGCCCGUCAAUACAAAAACUCUAUUUACAUUGGUUCUGCUGCUAUUGCCGAGUUCUUUGCUGAUAUCGCUCUAUGUCCUUUGGAAGCUACUAGAAUCAGAUUGGUUUCUCAACCAACCUUUUCCAACGGUUUGAUCGGUGGCUUCACUAGAAUGUUGAAGGAAGAAGGUAUCGGUUCCUUCUAUAACGGUUUCACUCCUAUCUUGUUCAAGCAGAUCCCAUACAACAUUGCUAAGUUUGUUGUUUACGAACAUGCUGCUAACACUUACUUCGGUUUGGCUGGUGGUAAGGAACACGUUAGCACCAAUGCUUCCACUGGUAUUAACUUGAUGGCUGGUUUGACUGCUGGUUUGGCUGCUGCUGUUGUUUCUCAACCUGCUGACACCUUGUUGUCUAAGGUUAACAAGACUAAGAAGGCUCCAGGUCAAUCUACUGUUGGUUUGUUAGUGCAAUUGGCUAAGCAGCUAGGAUUCAUUGGCUCUUUCGCCGGUUUGCCAACCCGUUUGGUUAUGGUUGGUACCUUGACUUCCUUGCAAUUCGGUAUCUACGGUAGAUUGAAGCAAGCUUUGGGCUGUGCUCCUGCUGUUGAGAUCGGUGACAGCCACUAA